AUGACGGCCCCGCCACCAUCACCACCGCCGCCGCCGCCGCCGCCACCGAAGCCAACCUACGAGCCCGCCACGGGCGAGAACCACACAAACUUCCUCACCUGGUCGCGCGCGCAAGGAAUCACAUUCCACAAGAUCACCCCCGCGCGCUUCCAGCACGCCGGCCUCGGCAUCGCCUCCACCGCGCCCAUCGCCGGCCCCGUCCCCAUCCCCGGCUCGCGGCGCUCCGCCCGGCGCAGCGAGCCAGAGACGAUCGCCUUCACGCCCACCGCUUCACUACUGACACGGGAGAAUCUGCGCCAGUUUGCGCCGAGCCUGGGGGGGCGGGAUGUGCGGGCGCUGCUGAAGGAGCUGGGCACCCAUGCGUGUUUUGCGGCGGCGAUUGCGGGCGAGAGAGGGAAUGGGGCGAAUGGGUGGGCGCCGUGGAUGAGGGUGUGGCCGGGGUUGGAGGAGUUUAGGGAGGGGGUGCCGCUGCUGUGGAGGGAGGAGGAGCAGGCGCUGUUGCCGCCGAGUGCGAUCUCAAUACUGGAUUCGCAGAAGAAAAAGUUUGGCAGGGACUUUGAAAAGGUCAAGAAGUUGGGCUUUGAGUUUACUCGCGAUGAGUACAUCUACGCUUGGCUCAUUGUAAACACCAGAAGUCUAUUCUACAAGCCAGACACCCCCGAAUAUAAAGAGCUCACGCGCGAGCACUGCAUGGCCCUCUGCCCGUUCAUCGACUACUUCAACCACUCUGACGACGGCUGCAAAGUCGAGCUCUCCCCCCGCGGGUACACCGUCACAGCCUCCGCCGGCUCCAUCCCCGCCGACACCCAGCUCUUCGUCACCUACGGCUGCCACUCCAACGACUUCCUCCUCUGCGAGUACGGCUUCCUGCUGCCGACGCCCUCCAACAAAUGGGACGAGGUCAGCAUCGACUCGCUGCUGCUGCCCGCGCUCAACGCGUCGCAGCGCAGCGUGCUCGAGGCUGAGGGCUUCCUGGGCGGGUACGUGUUUGACCGCAGCACGUUCUGCUUCCGCACGCAGGCGGCGGUGCGGAUGAUGCUGAUUCGGGACCCGGAGCAUCCGAGGAGUCGGGCGAGGGUGGAGAGGUGGAGGAGGUUUCUGGUGGGGGAGGAGGAUGGGGAGAGGGAGAGGGGGGAGGUGGAGAGGUGGUUGGUGGGCGUGUUGAGGGGGUUGAGGGUGAAGGGACGGGGCGCGUGGGGGAGGGUGGAGGAUGUGGCGGGGGUGGGCGUGGCGAGGUUGGUGAAGGAGAGGUGGGAGCAGGUGUUGGCGAUGGUGGAGAGUGUGGGUGCUGAGAUGGGGGUGGAGGAUUGGGAGGAGGAGGAGAAGUAG